AUGUUUACAUUCUGCCAUGUUGGAUUUGAGGAACAGGAGGAACUCUGGAUCAGUUGGGAGGGAGAGCUGCAUCGAGGGCUGGAGGAGGCUGAUAUCACCGAGUUCACAGUCACUCCUGUAAAGAGUGAAGAGGAUGAUGAAGAGAACCCUCAGUCACUUCAUCAGAGCCAGCCUGAAGAGAACAGAGAUGAACAUUUGAAAUCAGAAGCUGAUGGAGAGGACUGUGGAGGACCAGAACCAGACAGGAACUUGAAUCCAGAUCAUUUACAACCAGAUAAUGAUGAUGAGACGUCACACUCCUCUGAACCUGAGACUGAUGACAGCUGUGAUAAGGAGGACGUCAGAGAACCUCAGUCGGAUUUAAACCGUCUGCAGAACAAUGAAGAACAUGUAAGUGAUGUGGGAUGUGACACUGUACGUAGUCAGAAACACAAUGGAGUCCAAACAGGAGUGAAACCAUUCAGGUGCUCAGUUUGUGGUAAAAGAUACUCCUGGAAGAAAUCCUUAACGGAUCAUAUGAGACUUCAUUCAGAGGGGAAACGUUUCAGCUGCUCCGUUUGUAAUAAAACAUUUCAAUGGAGAAGAGACGUUGUGAUGCACAUGAGAAUCCACACGGGGGAGAAACCCUUCAGCUGUUCCUUCUGCGGUAAAAGAUUCGCACAAAACGGAAACUUGACCUCGCAUUUAAGAGGUCAUACAGGAGAAAAACCUUUCGCCUGCUCAAUUUGUAAAAAAAGUUUUGCUGACAGCAGCACUUUGACCAAACACAUGAAAGUUCACACCAGGGAGAAAUCAUUCAGUUGUUCAGUUUGUAGUGAAACGUUUUCACGAAAGGAACAUCUGAAAAAACACUUUACCAUCCACGCAGGGGAGAAAUCUGCUACGACACGUGUCCGUUCACAUGGGGGAGAAACCGCUUAAAUGCAGCGUUUGUGAUAAAAGAUUCACUCAACUCGCUCAUGUCAAAAAACACAAGUGUGUUGGCGAGAGCAGCAGAAGUAAAUGAAUCUUUCUGAGCAAAACUCAGGACUCUGAUCUGUUCAAAACUGAGAUGCAGACUAAAAAAUAAUCAUAAUAAAAGAUGGAGUCAUGUGAUAAUUUAAAUUCUGUUAUUUGUGUCUACAUUAUUUCAUUGUUUUCCAAGAACUGUGCUUGUAUUUUAUUUAAUGUGGAUUUAAGUUGUCUAAAAGUCUUUGUCACCUUUACAGCACUAUGGUCAACAUUUGUUUUAAAAAGUGAUUUUGUUUUUAAUUAAAUGACAUGACUUGCCUCCCAAUAAUGCAAUUUAUUUCUACUUUAAUGGGCUCUGAAGGGCUUGAAUUGAUUCUGUAACACUGCUGAUAUUGUAUUUGUGUUAUUUGGUUCAAAUUAAGUCUUUUAGACAAUGUGUUGAAUUUACUCAGAGACCUUAAAAGGUCCAGUGUGUAACAUUUAGGAGGAUUUAUAAAAAUAUAUCCAUAGGUAAAUUUUAAUUAGUGUAUAAUCACCUGAAAAUAAGAACCAUGUUUUUGUUACUUUGACUUCUACAGAGUCCGCCAUGUUUCUACAAUAGCCCAGAACGGACAAACCAAACACUGGAUACAGUUUCUCCUACAUGCUUAGAAUCGGGGGGGUGAGGUGAGGGGUUUGCAGUCUGUAACUUUGCUGCUAGAUGCCACUGAAUCCCACACACUGGUCCUUUGCACUUUUUUUUUAAUGGCAAUGUUUAAAAGUUAUCUUAAGUAAAACUGUAGAAUUAAUGAUUACAUUUUUCUAAUUCAUUUUUGUCCAUAUUGUGUAUAAUGUAUUAUGAGUUUACCACUGGAGGUGGUGUGUUCUGUGUAAGGUUAUUAUCU